AUCACAAUAACUCGCUUAUAACUACAGAAUAGAAUAAUUAUUUAGGAGACCUUAGCCACUUAACCAAAAAUGAAGAGUGCUCAUUUCCUUCUCACACUUGCCAUAUUUGCUUUGGCAUCAUCCAUUGCCUCUGCCUAUGAUCCUAGUCCUCUUCAGGACUUCUGUGUAGCAGUAGACGACCCUGAAAAUGCUUUGUUUGUGAAUGGAAAAUUCUGUAAGGAUCCAAUGCAGGUCAAGGCAGAAGACUUUUUCUUCACUGGGCUGGACACUCCAAGAGACACACACAACCCUGUUGGAUCCAAUGUGACACAAGUGAAUGUUGACAUGAUUAAAGGACUCAACACUCUUGGAAUAACAUUGGCUCGCAUUGACUUUGCACCAUAUGGCCAAAACCCGCCUCACACUCACCCUCGUGGAACUGAAAUCUUGGUCGUCCUUGAGGGAACACUCUACGUUGGGUUUGUGACAUCCAACCAAAAAGAUGGCAAAAACCGCCUCUUCACAAAGGUUCUGAACAAGGGAGAUGUGUUCGUGUUCCCAAUUGGUUUGAUUCAUUUCCAAUUCAAUCAAGGACACACACCAGCAGUUGCCUUUGCUGCUCUCAGCAGCCAAAAUGCAGGAGUGAUCACCAUUGCAAAUGCUGUGUUCGGUUCGGACCCUCCCAUCAACCCUGAUGUCCUUGCCAAGGCCUUCCAGGUUGACAAAAACAUUAUCAACCAUCUUCAAAAGCAGUUCUGGUAUGACAACAAUUAGAUAAGCUGAAAAGAUGCUGCCAUAUGAUCUUGUAAUAGUGCCUCUGUGCUACUACUUCAAUAAUUAUUCAUAUCUUAAUUUCCAGUUAUAGUGACACUAGUAGUCAUUACUAAAUAAGAAGGUCCCCUAUGUACCUUUCAUUUACUGAAUUUAUUAAUACAAAAAAAGAAUUUAGUUAC